AUGGAGAAUUCUGUUAAUACUGUUGUUGCUUCUGAUUUGGUUGCUGCUAAAAUAGUAAAAGAGACUGGUGAUCCAAGUAUCCAGUUAACUAACUCAGGCAAAAUUAAAUUAUCUAAGGAGUUGAGGUCUUUGGGACCAAUGGAAGCAGAUCAAAGAAAAAGGAGAGGUAAGAAAAAAUCCAGUAAAAUGAUAGGGGGAUCAUUCCCCUAUUAUUACUUAAUGGCAUCUCUUAUCCUUUGGAAUUGUAGGGGGAUUAGAAAGAGAGAAGCCUCCUUAUAUCUUAGGGAGAUUGUGAAUGAAUAUGAAGGUUUUUUUAUUGGUCUUACUAAAACGAAGUUGUAUUCUCUGGAUAGAUGUGAUAUUAACAUGAUCAUUGGUAACGAUUGGGAUUAUUUCCAUCAUCCAGUGAAUAGUACUUCAGGUGGUAUCUUGGUGAUGUGGAAAAGAGCUUUGGCGUCCUUUGAUGUCACUGAACAUUCUUCCCAAUUAAUUAUGGGCACGCACAAUAGCAAUAAUUUGGGAAAAUGGAAUAUUGCUACAGUUUAUGGAGGAAGAGAUGUCCAAACCUGUAGGAAGCUUUGGCAGGACCUUGAAGGUUGUCUGAUAGGUGAUAAUCCAGCAAUCAUUGGAGGAGAUUUUAAUUGUAUCCUUUCUAAGGAGGAUAAGAAAGGUGGGAAAAGAUUUCAUUUCUCUAAAGGGCCUAAAGAAAUGAAAAUGUUUUUAACUAACAAUGACUUCCAUGAUAUUGGGUUUGUGGGACCAAAUUUUACUUGGCGUAAUAACAAAGAAGGCAAUUCGAGAAUUUGGGAAAGGUUGGAUAGAUGUUUCUUAAAUUCUUCAGCUCUUCAUAAAAUCCCUAUGGCUAAGGUUUGCCAUUUAUCUAGAGUUGCUUCAGAUCAUGCUCCCAUUUCUCUUAAUAUGGUUGAGCCUCAAAUUCUGAAAUCAAAAUUUAUUAGAUUUGGAGAUACUUGGAAGUCCUAUCCGGCUACAUGGAACAUUGUUUUAAAGGCUUGGAAGAAGGCAGAUUUUGGUUCUAAUGCUGAAGUUCUGCAAUGA